AUGCGGAACAAUACAAGUCAUAUCGAUAGUGAUAUAGGUGUAAUGAUAAACCGUGAUCGCUACGAUCCGCGUUCUUUAAUGCUUGUACGACCCUAUGCUAAACUUAAUGAAUUGAGGGGACACCCGCGACCGCUUUACGACGUCGAACGAUACCCGAGUGUAAACCAAUACGAUCAAGUUAGAUCGCAGGAACAGCCCCUAUCUGAAACUAUAGGUUAUGAUUCUAUGCCACUUAGCAAGUGGACUCGGGAGCAGUUAGAGGAGCAAUUGACUAUAUUGAAACAACGAGAAGCAGCUGCUAUGCAGCAACCCAAAGGUUGGAUGCCGAUGCAAAAGUCUGCGAAGGAACCUGCGUUAGGAGUUCCUCCGAAUGAGGUCUAUAAAUUUGGUGUGAAACCCAUGGAUCCCCCAAUUAUUGCCCCUCAUGGUAUGCCACCACUGAAACGUCGUGCAUUAUCCAACGUAGAGUUGCAGAACCAGUAUAAUGCGUAUGCUAAGUCUGUUUUGCAACACCCCUCAUUCCAUGAUGGUGUUUACAAUGGGAGCGAUAAUGCCCACCCCGCAAAUGUUGUGUCGAAUGUAUCACAUGAGGGGGUCUUAUCAGAGACUGUUGCAAUGCCGGCUCUGUGUCGUAUGGAAACCAAAUUGAUUACUACGGAUGAUGCUAGUCAGCGUUCAACUGUUAUGAGUGACGUUGAAUCAGAAUUUGGUUGUGAGACAGGGUCACAAGCUGUUCAACGUAACGAUACAAUUGGUCGUACUGAUUCUACUCCUUCCAACUGUGAUGGUGUAUAUGAUUGGAAGCCGGAGAACAGUGAUUAUUUCUUAACUAAAGAUAGGUUAGAGUUUGCCAAUAGUUUAGAUGGUACCUUGAGGCAACAUUUCAUUAACUUUACUAAAACUGGUGUUUUGUCUAAUGAGUUACGCCAGGAAUACAUUCGUCGAAGUAAGCUUUACCCUAAAGUACGUGGCGUCUGGUUUAAUUCGACAGUUCGUCGUAUGGGUUGGGUUGGUCAGGCGUAUAAGAAGUGCAAGCGUAUAGAAAAGAUAUUUUCGAUUAGCAAGCAUGGUUUUGAUGGUGCACGUGAGUUGGCUAUUGCUUUCCGCAACUCACAGAAACCAUCUGUGAGUGUGCCACAGGUAGCUAAUAAGAAUUUAGUUCCCGUAGAUACGAGUUACUCUAGUGGCUAUAAUGACUUCCCUGUUGUUGAGACUACCGACGGUACUAGUGGUGAGCUCGAGGAGCAAUUUUCUAUCCCUCAAGAUGAUGUUGAAACUGAUGCUGAGGGUUAUGACGAGCCUACGUCUAGAGUGGAGUCUGGUCCCUUGAGUCGUGCCGGCGUCGAUGAUACGGAGGAAGAGGAGUGUUAUGGAUCUAAGAGUAACGAUAGACAAGAUUACCUUACCGUCAAGGAUUUGUUUGACCGUGGCUUUGAAUUAUACAAGUCCAACUUGACCCGUGAAGAGAUGGUUCAUCGUAACCAUCUUUGUAAAGGUGCUUUACGUUUUAUGCUUCACGAGCUUUCUACCCUUUUGGAUCUUGAUAUCCCUAUGCCUAGGAUGGACCGUGAGGCGUGUCGUUACGGAUUACAAUAUCAUUUGGAUGUUCUUGAUCGUAGUCAAACCACUGCGGAUAUGAUGCCUUAUAUUGCUAUUUUUGGUGGAUACAUUUGCGUUGGUAUCACACCACUUGAUAUACCAUUUAAUGAGGUGUACACUAUCUUAAGAACACUAUCUUAUGCUAAGCCUUUGGGUGGCACAUUCAAAUCACGUCAUACUAAACCCUUCGUUGACGAUAGUGAAGAGGUGGCAUUAGGUGAUUUGAUUAUUGUUUAA